CAGAGAUGAGGUAAUCAUUCAAAAGUAAUGUUAAACACUAUUAUUGAACACAGAAUGAGUCCAUGGAACAAGGGGUGUGAAUACUUUCCUGAAGGCACUGUAAAUGUUGGUACGGUCAGUGUCGAUCAUUUUUGUUUUAUCGGCCCAGUUAUACGCGUAAGUACAAGUACUUUUUGAAAAUGACAACAUGCAGACACCUGCAUGUUUCAACUCAGCCUGCUGUGCUGGGAAUGGAGUAGACAUGCUAUGGUUCUUGCCUUUCUAAUGGAGUGAGUGAGUGUGUGUGUGUGUGUGUGUGUGUGUGUGUGUGUGUGUGUGUGUGUGUGUGUGUGUGUGUGUGUGUGUGUGUGUGUGUGUGUGUGUGUGUGUGUGUGUGUGUGUGUGUGUGUGUGUGUGUGUGUGUGUGUGUGUGUGUGUGUUUUUGCAGGCUGCCCACUGAUCCUGACUGACAUGGAUGUGGUGGAGAAGUCAGAGAGCCUGUCCAAGCCAGGUAGAGAGUUCCUCUCUGGCCUGCUCUUCCACACCAUCAACUGGUUUAGAGAGGUUGUGAAUGCAUUCUGCAGUCAGAAAGACCCUGAGAUGAAAAUAAAGGUGGUGACUCGUCUUCAGAACAUCACCUACCUCCAGACUCUAUUGGACAGGACUUUGGCAGAAAUCCCUGGCUAUGCUCCUCCUCUAGCCAACUUUGAUGGGGAGAGUACAGAGGGAGCUCCCGUGUCUAGCUCCACUGCUAUUCCAAAGAAGGGAAAGAAAUAUAUAUUUUUUAAAACUUUUUCCUGA